CAAUUAUGCCUGUAUGAACGUUUGUGUGUGAGUGAGCGCGUAUUUGUUUUGUUGCUGGCUGAGUGAGUUUCGCGUUCGCGCGUCCAAUUCAUUUUAAUUUCAGUUACUACAACGAUUUCAAGACCUACGGACGUUUCUCACGGCGUUGGUAGCGCGCGCUGCAAUUAAGUAACGGGACAAGAAAAUACAAAAAAAAAAAGAAAAGAAAACAAAGCAAAAACCAAACAACAACAAAAUAAACAACAGCAAUAAGAAAAUAAACAAAUAGACAUAGGAACAAUAGCAAAAAGUAAUUGUAAUCAAACUAAAAACGUAUUACACAACUCGCCAACUCUCGCCCAUCGUACAAACAACAACAACAACAACGACUACCACGUCAAUCAACAUAAUAAUUCGCUUGGUAUUUUUCUUAUGAUCGUCGCUACACACUGCUUGGCAUUGAGUUUGAAAACCCAAUAAAAAACGAACAUUUGCCAAAAAAAAUAUAAAAUAGAAAAAUAGAUAAAAGACAAAACCAAAAAAUAGAUAAGAAGAAGACACAAAACUAGAAAAAACAGUUACGAGUACAUAGAUCAAUAAAUAAAUAACACCGAUUAGAACGAAGCCAUUACCGUCUAGCAAAGGAUUAAAGAUGUAUCUUUACGGAUUGUAAUUGCCUGAAGAGACACAGAUACUACUACAUUGGAUGAAUGAUGCAUCUAUAUAGAAUCUAGAUAACUACGCUUACAACGUCAACAAAACGGGGAACACUAAGUCAAAUCAAGAAUACAUUUCUCAUUCAACACUGAGAAACUGUUCAAUAAACAUAUUCAAAUAACAACGUGCAAAUAACACACACACACACAUAACAUACACUAAACAACAAAAACAACAAUAAAAAUAGAUAAAAACAAAUAGUUUAUAAAUAAAAAGUCUUAACAGCACCAAAAAAAAAAAAUACAAAAGUUAACGAGCCAAAAAAAAAAUAAAUAAAAUAACAACCAAGAUUUAGCUCGAAGUAUUCCAAAUUAUCAAUCAUAGUUCGGAUGAUAAGUCCAAGUGAAACGUUCUUUCAACCACAGGCAAUACGCUACCAUAGGACCCAAUAGAUCUAUCCCAAAAGAAGGAGGAGUACGGACAAGAAAAUUGAUUGACACAGAAAGAGAGAGAGACAGAGAAAGAGAGAGGUGCAGAUAGAGAGUGAGCAAUAGAGUGCUGCCAAAAUGCAUAUUGAAAUACAAGUUGCUUUAAACUUUGUCAUUUCGUAUCUGUAUAAUAAAUUGCCACGCCGUCGAGUUAACAUAUUUGGCGAGGAAUUGGAGAAGGCAUUACGGGAUAAAUUUCAAGGUCACUGGUACCCCGAAAAACCCUUCAAGGGUUCGGCGUAUCGCUGUCUGAAAACUGGAGAUCCCAUAGAUGCGGUAUUGGCGCGUGCAGCACGUGAAAGUGGCGUUCCCAUUAGCGAUAUACUUGAGAAUCUGCCCAAUGAGCUCUCCGUUUGGGUGGACCCGGGUGAGGUGUCCUAUCGCAUUGGCGAAAAGGGAGCAGUGAAGAUACUCUAUACAGAGAACAAUGAGAAUCACGAGGAUAGCCAUUCGGCGGAUCGUGAGGUAACAAAAACGUUCAACCCGGAAGCGCAAUGCUUUCGUCCCAUCGAUGCGGUCAACACGACCAUGAACAAUUUGAGCUUAAGCCCAAAGGCAUUGCCAUUACCAUCAUUAGGAACAUCAUUGCCGCCGGCGGGUUCAUCCCCACAUUCAGCUGCCUCCAGUUCGCCAACAUAUAAGGGCAGCCCCAAUCCCAAUGGCAGCGGCUCUAGCGGCGGCAGCCUCGCUGGUAGCAACAACAAUGCGGCUGCCACCGCUACAGCCGCCGCCUUUGUGCAGCGUGCCGCUCAAGCUCCGCUAACAUUCACAACGGCCACAUUUGCCCAAACCAAAUUUGGUAGCACCAAACUGAAGACAAGCUCCAAGCGUACGAACAGCAGUUCGUAUCGCAUGUCGCCCACUGAGUUCUCCAAUUAUAUCAAGCAGCGUGCGAUGCAACAGCAGUUGCAUCAUGGACAUGGAUCUGCAGCAGCAGCUGCUGCAUUUGGUGGCCUCGAUGCCGUGUCGCCAGCUCGCUCACUCUCUCCCAAUCCGCUGGCCUUGGGCGCGGCGGGCAAUCAAAGCAAUGCAUCGACUGGCAAUAAUGGAGCUGAUCCAUUUUAUUAUCCCAACAUGGCAAUGGGACUGUAUCCACAAUACAAUGGACAGCGUAAUCUCUAUGAGCCGCAUUUUAAUGCGGAUGCUGGCAAUUUGGGUUUGAUUGCUGGUGGCAGCAAUACCUUUAGUACUUAUCUGGAGCCAUGUUAUUUUACAAAUGGGCAACAACAACAACAGCAGUUGGAGCAUGCAAAUAGCAGUGAGAGUUGCUUUGGCUUGGACACGGAAUGCAGCAUGGUGAAUAUCAAUGAGGAGUCGAUUAAUCCAGGCGAAUCAUCAGCUGAUAGCAGUCCAAUUGCCACGCCCACCGCUGGCGUUGUUGUCAGUGCAAUAAAUGCGGUGACAGCUGCUGUUGCCGAGACUCCAGUGCCAGCUAGUUCCAACUCCGGUGCCGGUUCCGCUGUCAGCUCCACUGCAGCUGCAACCGCAGCAGCAACAACAGCAGCAACUGCAACUGCAACAGCAACAACAGCUGCUGCCGCAGCAACAGCAGCAACAACAGCUGCUAACAAUCAACAACAGGACUCGGCUACUGCAGCUGCCAGCAAUAAUAAGCUUAUCGAUGGUCUCAGCUCGUUUUAUGGCAGCGGUUCGACUUAUCAGCAGCUGCUCGUUGCCAAUUAGACGCUAAUUAAAAACAACAGCAACAACAACGGCAACAUCAACAGUUCCCCUCCCCUUGCUCCCACACACAAAACUCAAGAGUAAAUGAGAAAGCAUCGUGCUUAAGCAUCACUUAAAUUAAAUCAAAGAGUUCAAUAUUUGGUGCAAAAGCAAAUUCCGUUAAGUCAGAAGAGAGCGCGCGCAGCUGCCACACACACACACUUACAGAGAGAGAGAGCAAGAAAGAGAGCAAACAGAAGAACGAUCGAGCGAACGUUUUGAACAGUGCCGAAAGCUGCGAAUGUAAUGAAGCGCAAAACAGAUGUAGCUAACUGUAAACUGUAGCCAUUUUUAAUAGCGUACUCAUGUAUUAACUACAACAAAAACCAACAAACAAACAAUCGACAACAGCAAUGAAAACAAACUAAAAACAAAAUCAGCAAUAACAAGCAA